AUGGUGCUGGUUUCCAAUGUGCCUGUCUCUGUCAACCUCCUCCUCUCGCCCUACACGGCCGUCGCCCUGCUAGUGCUGUACUAUCUCGUCCCCUACCUGGCCAAAUGGCGCUGGCACGACAUCCCCGCCCCCUUCCCGGCCGCCUGGUCGAAUUUCUGGCUGUUCUAUCAAUGCCGUCGGGGCCGUCGAUACCAGGCUGUUCAUGACGCCCACAAGAAGUACGGCAAGUUCGUCCGUCUCCAGCCGAACCACGUCUCCAUUGCCGAUGAUGCUGCCAUCCAGGCCAUCUACGGCCAUGGCAACGGCUUCCUGAAGUCUGACUACUACGACGCCUUCGUGUCCAUCCGCCGCGGGCUGUUCAACACCCGGGACCGCGCGGAGCACACGCGCAAGCGCAAGGCCGUGUCGCACACCUUCAGCGCCAAGUCGGUCGGGCAGUUCGAGCAGUACAUCCACGCCAACAUCGAGCUGUUCGUCAAGCAGUGGUGCAGCAUCUGCGAGCGCCAGACCAACCCGGCCACCGGCUUCGCCUCCAUCGACGCCCUCCACUGGUUCAACUACCUGGCCUUCGACAUCAUCGGCGACCUGGCCUUCGGCGCCCCUUUCGGCAUGCUCGCCAAGGGCAAGGACUACGCCGAGGUGCGCGAGACGCCCGACUCGCCGCCCACGUACGCGCCCGCCAUCGAGGUGCUCAACCGCCGCGGCGAGGUCUCCGCCACGCUGGGCUGCUACCCGGCGCUGAUGAAGUUUGCGCCGUACCUGCCGGACCGGUUCUUCCGCGACGGGCUUAAGGCCGUGAACAACCUGGCGGGGAUCGCCAUCGCGCGGGUGAAAGAGCGGCUGCGUCCCGAGGUCAUGGCCAACAACACGCGCGUGGACCUGCUGGCCCGGCUGAUGGAGGCCAAGGACGAGACGGGCGCCAAGCUGGGCCGCGAGGAGCUCACGGCCGAGGCGCUGACGCAGCUGAUUGCCGGCUCGGACACGACGUCCAACACGUCGUGUGCGCUGCUGUACUGGGUGCUGCGCACACCGGGCGUGCUGGGCAAGUUGCAGCAGGCGAUUGACGAGGCGGUGCCGGCGGGUCGUGCAAUGGGUCAUCUGGGAAACGAUGCGCAUCCACAGCACCUCCGCGCUGGGCCUUCCCCGGGAGAUCCCGCCUACGAGCGGCCCCGUCGAGAUCUGCGGCCGAGUGUUCCACCCAGGGGACAUUGUGUCCGUGCCGACAUACACAAUCCACCACUCGACGGAGAUCUGGGGGCCAGACGCAGAGGCCUUUGUGCCGGAACGCUGGGACCCGAAGCGGCUGACAGCGCGGCAGAAGGCGGCGUUCAUUCCGUUCAGCACGGGACCGCGGGCGUGCGUCGGACGCAACGUCGCGGAGAUGGAACUGACUUGCAUCGUGGGCACGGUGUUCCGCAACUUCGACUUCCGGCUCGAGCAGGAGGGGCCGAUGGAGACAAGGGAGGGAUUCCUCCGGAAGCCGAUGGGGUUGAAGCUGUAUCCAGCAUAAGAUGUAUGUACAUCGGGUUGAAGCGAAAGGGAGGAUUACUAGAAAACAUCGCUCCUCCUGCAAUCGAGGAUGGUGUCGAUACAACUUCUGGUCCCUCCGCGGGAGUUGGCUCUGUUGAUACGGAUACGAGGACUGUGAUCGAAUCUGGUAAUUCCCUUCCUCGUGCCAGCCCUGCUGGUCCUCCUGGCCUGAUCGCACCGGAGUUGACUGGCGUUCUUCUCGAUCUGCCACCGGACUCGGCAGUUCGGCUGGCCUUGGUCUGGCAACCGCUCGACCAGCCCCGCGUGGGACUUUUUGAGGUUCUUCUUGACCAUCCCCAGCAGCACCAGGCUGCACCGCAGAUCCACAUCCUCACGCAGAUACAGGCCCUCCUUCGGGAUGCGCAGCUUCUCCAUGCCCAGCUCGACCGGGGCGCGCGGCUCGCCCGGCAUGUUCCCGCAAACCUGCCAUUUGGCCCUGAUCUCGAGCCCGGCGGGCGCGUGGACGUGCGUCUGCAGACCCCGCGGAAGAUCGUGGAAGCAGCCGUAGUAGGUGACGCUGCCGGACAGCAGGCCGCCGGGGAGAUACGAGAUGCGGUCCGUGAUCUCGUACCAGGCGGCCUCGAGCUCGUCAGGGAGCGCCAGGGCCGGCGGCGGGUCGCAGCGGCGGUGGCUCGUGACGAGCGGGUUCAGCUCGAUCAUCUCGCCGUGCGAGUGGAGGAUGUCGACGACCACGUCGCGGGGGACAUAGGAUGGAAGGGGGGUGAUGUGGGUGAAGACGGAGCGUUUGAACAUGACUGCAUCUACGAACUCAGUGACUGA